UUCACUCGAGGAUGUUGAGGUGGUCAGCAGAUACAACAGGACCAAACAUCUAGAGGCUUCACAUACAUUGUUUUAAUAAGUUACAUGGGAAAUCAGCGACAUUUACGCGCAUCAGUAGAUCAGAUUGACUUGGAUAAGAAAUAUUCGUCUUCCCGGGACAACCAUUUCACACUGGUCUUUCAGCUGAUCCUGCAGGAACGCACACAUCUCAUCUGAAAGAAGCUUUUUGCAUUGGGAAUCUGAUGCGCAAUGUUGAUCUCCAGAGGACACUGACUAUCCAAGAACUGUCUGAGAAAUCGUUUUCAUUUUAAACCAAAAAAAAUAAAAAAUGCAGGUCAUUCUGUUGGUCUCCGUCGUUUUUAUUUGCGUCGAAGCUGCUCUCGCGGACACUACACUGAAGUGUCCUGAGCGCUGUGAUGUGAGUAAGUGUCCGAGCCCGAGCUGCCCGAGCGGGUAUGUGCCUGACCGCUGUAACUGCUGUCUGGUGUGCGCACAGGGAGAGGCAGAGCCGUGCGGCCGCAAGGACGAUCUGCCCUGCGGCGACGGGCUGGAGUGCAAGCACCCGUCUGGAAAAAGACUGUCCAAAGGCGUGUGUCAGUGCAGGUACAGCAGUAAAGUGUGCGGCAGUGACGGGAACACGUACGGUAACAUCUGCCGCCUGAAGGCCGUGAGCAGGAAAGCGCUGCAGCAGGGUCUGCCCGCGAUCACCAACCUGCACAAAGGACCCUGUGAAAGCAAUCAAGGUCCUACACACCCCAGCAGCCCAAGGUACAAAUUCAACUUCAUUGCUGACGUGGUGGAGAAGAUCGCCCCUGCUGUGGUGCACAUCGAGCUGUUCCUAAACCACCCCCUCUUCGGCCGGACGGUUCCGCUGUCAAGUGGUUCAGGUUUUGUAAUGUCAGAGACCGGGCUGAUCGUGACUAAUGCUCAUGUGGUGUCCAGCACCACAUCUGUUUCGGGUCAUCAGCGACUCAAAGUACAGAUGCGUGGUGGGGAUGUGUUUGAGGCCACUAUCAAAGACAUCGACAAGAAGUCUGACAUUGCCACUAUCAAAAUCAAUGCGCAGAAAAAGUUGCCUGUUUUAUUGCUGGGUCACUCGGCAGACCUGCGCCCGGGUGAGUUUGUGGUUGCUAUCGGCAGCCCGUUUGCCCUGCAGAACACAGUGACGACAGGAAUAGUCAGCACUGCACAGAGAGAUGGGAAAGAACUGGGUUUCCGUGACUCAGACAUGGACUACAUCCAGACUGACGCCAUCAUCAACUAUGGGAACUCGGGUGGACCACUCGUUAAUUUGGAUGGGGAGGUGAUAGGAAUCAAUACCCUGAAGGUAGCUGCAGGAAUCUCCUUUGCCAUUCCUUCAGACAGGAUUACUCGCUUCUUAAAUGAUUCAUUAGGAAAGCAGAACAAAGAGCCAAGAUCAGUGAAGAAGCGUUUCAUUGGAAUCCGAAUGCUCACCAUCACAGAAGCACUGGUGGAAGAGCUGAGGCAGCAGAAUGCUGAUUUCCCUGAUGUCAGCAGUGGGAUCUAUGUUCACGAGGUGGUUCCUCACUCCCCUGCUCAGAAAGGGGGCAUCAGAGAUGGUGACAUCAUCGUUAAGUUAAAUGGAGAGCCCCUGAUGAGCACCAGCGACCUGAAGGAAGCGCUCAACCAAGACACGACUCUGCUGCUGGAGGUGCGCAGAGGCAACGACGACCUGCUCUUCAACAUUGAGCCUGACGUCAUCAUGCAGUGAUGUCAUCAUCUAUUCGAAAUGUGAAACAUGAAGACAUUGGUUUUAUCAUAUCAGUCAUGUGCUGUCGUGGCCAAAGGGAUGUCUAACAGUGCAUCCUUCUACAAAACAAGGACCUCUUUUGCAAGCUGAGAGGAAUCUAACCUUGAGCUUUUGCAAUCUUGGUCAAGUCUGCCUAAGAGAUUUUAUAUGAAAGGCAUUUCAUAACAGCACACUCUCUUUGAAGCAGGUUUGAAGCGGAGAAUGAUUUUGUUCAUUGCAAAUAUGAAAACGUGCAGUUGGGGAGAGUGGGGACGGUUGCAACAUGGCUUUUUUCUUCAAUCAGGAAUGAGCUACAGUGAUGAUAUUCAUACUGCACAUGCUCAAUCAGCCCCUCAUCCUUCCUGGAUGCAAUCAGGCACAUGUGACCAUUCCUUCUUCAAAUAAUCAUUUUCAUGGUAAAAAAAGUAUUUUUUUUUUAAUCAUCAAAUUUUUUUGUCAUACUGUCUAAGUUGUUUGCGUGAAGCAUUGUAAAAACAUAUGAUUUAUAUCUGUGUUUUCUUAGCUUCUAAUAGACAUAGCUAGCAUGUGUCAAAGAUAUUGUGUCAAGCUAAUAUACCAAGUUAUGUCACGGCUGUCAGUGUGGGGACAGUUGCAUCACAUUGUUGCAACCGUCCCAACAUGCUGUCCCUUACCACAACAUUGAUGUAAAAGCUUGCAACUAUUGCAACCGCCCCCUGUUGUGGGAUUAGUUGCAACAUUUGACUUUGUCUAUUCAAGUAUAAAUUGUAUAUAAUCAUGUGCACGUGUUACAGCAAUACGGGUGAGUAGCUGACUGAUGUGGCUUUAUUGUAUUAAAAUUCUGGGUUUCUAAUGCAAACAGUCUCUGAGAAACUAAAGCAAAUGCGGAAAGUGUUGCAACCGUCUCCACUCUCCCCUACUGUAUUUUGUAGAAGACGACAAAACUGGUGAUAUUUUAUAGCCAAACCACAAUGAGUCCACAAUGAUAUGUUAAGCUUUUUAAGUUGAAAUUUCAAUGAUAUAUAUAACAAUAUAUAAUAAAUAUUAUAAAUACACAGA